AGCAGUCCAAACAGACACUGGCAGGUUUGGAAAGGCUCCUGAGAGCUGCGUGGAUUGUAGGAGACCCAAACAAGAUGGUCAAAAGCCCUUUGUGUGGUAGAACACUGUGUUAUGUGGCAGGAGUGGGGCUAGUCUGAGAGGAGUUGCAAAAGCAAUGUGCUCCCAUGUCCCAGAGUAAAAGAGACAUCCCACUGUCUGCUAAACAUGCAGCAUCCUUCCCGAGCUUAGAGCUCUGCCAUUCAGUCCUGACUGUGUGCAACAGCCUGAGCCUCCCAAAUACAAAGGGCUUUGGUGCAGCCUCGUUGGUCACUUCCGUGCCUGGGGCUUCACAGCUUCAAAACUGGAGAGCCUGUCCUUUCUCCUUGGUACCUCGGAGAUGUUUGCCUCUCACAGUUUGUCACCAAGACCCUGCUGUAAUUUCACACACUCCUUUAAUAAAGUCCUCUGAGGCUGUCAUGUAUUUUCAUGUAUUUCCCCUAUUGUUUCUCCCUGCUUGAGCCUUUCAGAUAAUUGAUGAUACUUUAGUUAAUAAUUUUUCCUUUCCUUUGUUUGCUAGGUACCUCAGCCUUGAAGGGAUCCUUUUCAUUUAGAAUCUGUGUCUUCUCUUGAGUAGUUGAUCACUGUGCACCCGCGGACACCCAAUUCACAGCCCGGUGGGAUCAGCCUUCAUGAAAAAUCAAAACGCUGUGGCCGUGUUGCUGCAGGAGUGCAAAUGAGCUCUGGACAUGCUCCUGUCAGCACAGGCUGACACGGGUGAGGAAGAUGAGAGAGGAUACCACCGGUGCCAAUCUUUGCUUUCCGAAGACUUGAGGACCCUUCUGGAAGAGGCAAAGGAAAUGAAGUGGCCCUUUGUACCAGAGAAAUGGCAAUACAAACAAGACCUCUGCCCAGAAGACAAAACAAACCUGCAAGAUCUGAUCGGUGUGAGGCUCUCUGAUCUGCUGGUUUAUUUGAAGGCCUCCGUCAUGGUCAAGGACUGCAUGACAGCCACUGCUAUUGUGUUCCUGAUUGACUGGUUCCUGUACUGGAUUGAUGCCUCCAGCCAGCUUCUUCAAACUGCCAAGGGUCUGCACAGGCUGCAGCCCACCACACCGAGUCCUCAGGUGCUCAUCUGCCAGGCUCGCCUCUCCGUCAACACAGGUAAACUUUUAAAAGCUGAAUAUAUCCUAAGCAGCCUUAUUAAUGACAAUGGAGCAACAGGUACCUGGUGAUAUGCUAAGGAAAGUGAUAGGAUUCACAUGCAGUCAGUCUGCUUACAAAUCGGAGGCCAGAUUUUGCAAAAGCUUGGGAUGUGGUACGAGGCAGCGGCGUUGAUUUGGGCUUCAAUUGUGGGAUAUUUCAAACUUCCUCAACCAGAUAAAAAGGGAGUUGCUACUUCCUUGGGUAUUAUUGCAGACAUCUUUGCUUCUAUGAAUGAGAAGGAUUAUGUAUGUUUUAAAACCAAAGCCGACAUGGACCUGAGCCUUCUCCAGAAGUUCAGUCAUCAUUUACUAUCAGCUGCCGAGGCCUGCAAACUAGCAGCAGCCUACAGCCAAUACACCCCUCUGUUUGUCCUCUCCGCUGUGAACACCCGUGGAGUGUGUUUGCUGUCCUAUAGUCACUCCAAGGACUGUCCCCCAGAAAAGAGAAAGUUCUACUUGUCUCCCAAGGAAGGGCAGCAGCAGGAAAAGGGCUCAGCAGAGGAGCAGUGCUGCAGAACAGAAUCGGAUGAGCAUAGUCAAGCUGCAUGCUUGAACUUGAUGCCUCCCGGAGCCUGGCAUUCUUCCCCUCCAGAGGCUCUACAUAGCCAUGGAGGAUCUGCUCAGCUUUCCCUGGAGGUCGAUACGACUCUAGCUGGGAGACUGGUAGAGAAGGUGUCUCUUUAUGGAAAAGAGCUGCGGGAGGGAAGACACCAUGGAAAGAGUUUUUCAGAAGAGACAGGCGGGGAGGUGAACAAUGUGGUUCCUUCCCUUUCCACCCCUAACUCUGCUCCUACCAAGGGGCAGGAGGAGGAAGAGAAGUCUUUCACGUGGGUGGAGCUGGGCUGCAAGACCAAGGACAGCAGCACCCCCCUGCCCCAGCCCAGGAAACAUUUUGUGUGGGUCCACCCAGGAGGAGAAGCCGCAGAUAGCACAGAGGAUCCCUCAUUUGAGGCACAUCCCCCCAUAAAUGAGGGUGCAUCUGUACUACCAACAAGCAUUGAGAUGAGAAAGGCCAGUGGCUCCUCUGUGUGUGAUUUGCUGAGGAAAUCUGCGCUAGUGGGAAAUGGACCUCUCAAAGUGCCUGAAGUUGACACCCAAGCAGAAACAAUAGAUGAUACUGAAUUUGAUUUCAUCAGUAUUGGAGAUUCAGUGAACAAUUAUCCUACGACAUUUGUUCCAAAGCAUCAGUCAACUCCCUGUGUGCUGACAGCUUUGCCCUCGAGCGGAAAGAUCUCCAUAACUGACCACUUUUACUAUGCCACUACUGAAAAAGAUGAAGGAAAGUCUCAGAACAGGGUGAACAGCAAAAGGCAGUCCAGUUCAUUCCUGAGUUCACAGUACAAACCAGUACAGACCAAGAGUUCCCCUAGAGGUCCACUUCUGAACCCAAGAGGAAGUGGUUUUGUCUUCAUGCACGUAGAACAUAAUUGGCUUGUCCAGAGAUUGAUGCCUACAGGCAUUUUUAAGUCUAAACAGCUUCGUAAAGCAUACCCUGCUCUUCUUUUAAAAUGCUCAAAGAAAUCAGGCCUCUGGACAGGCCAAGAAAUGCCUGUAUUCACUGGGGACUACCUGAAGGUGGCAAAGGAAGGCAAACAGAGAAGUGCAUUUUGGAUACACUUUCUGCACCAGGAAGAAAGCCUGGGAAGGUGUGUUGGGAAAGAAUAUAAGGAAGAAAAGGGGCUUUUUCAUCAUUUCAGUGAUGUGGAACGGCAAAUGACAGCCCAGUACUAUGUGACGGAAUUCAACAAAAGACUGUAUGAGCAAAAAGUCCCUACCCAAAUAUUUUACAUCCCAUCUGCAGUACUCUUGAUACUGGAAGAUAGAACUAUAAAAGGAUGUGUGAGUGUGGAGCCCUAUAUCCUUGGGGAGUUUGUGAAGCUGUCCAACAACACAAAGGUAGUAAAGAAUGAGUACAAAGCCACAGAGUAUGGUCUGGCCUAUGGCCAUUUCACCUAUGAGUUCUCCAAUGGAACAGACGUUGUUGUGGAUCUGCAAGGCUGGAUUACAGGUGACGGGAAAGGCCUCAUCUACCUCACAGAUCCCCAGAUUCAUCUCAAUAGCAAAGAUGUUUCACACUCCAACUUUGGGAAGAAAGGGAUAUAUUACUUCUUCAAUAAUCAACACAUGGAGUGCAAUGAGAUCUGUCGCUGCCUUUCUUUAACAAGACCCUCAGUAGAGCUGCCAAUGUAGAGUCACACAAGACAGUCACACAAAGAAUGACCACUAAGCUGGGCAGUAUUUUAUCCUACAUGGCUUUGGGAGCAUAUUGUCUUUGAAAAUGGAGUCACUGAGACAUUACCUGCAUGAGUUUGGCAAUUUCUGGUCUUUGCAUCCAGGCUGGCAACACCAUGUUACCAUCCUGUGGACUGUCUGAACUUCAUGUUGUUGUAGCCUGUAAGAAUUAACAAAAGAACA